AUGUCGGAGACCGAAGCCCCAGAGCACCCGCUCUUGGGUGCGGUCAUAUGCUUUACAUCGGUACCCUUAGAACAGAGGACCCAACUCAGCAAUGUCGCGAAGGAGAUGGGCGCAAUUGAGCGGCCGGACCUUACAGCAGAUGUGACACACCUACUUGUCGGCGCAACCGACUCUCCCAAAUACAAAUUUGUCGCCCGCGAGCGGAAUGACGUGACUGUUCUGAGACCAGAAUGGAUCGAGGCUGUUCGACAAUCGUGGAUGCAAGGCGGGGACACGGACAUUCAAGCACUAGUCAAACAAUACGAACUUCCGACUUUUUUUGGCCUCACGAUAUGUAUCACAGGUUUCUCCGACAUGGCCUUUCGAACUCAGAUGCACGACCUCGCGGUAGAAAACGGAGCUGAAUUUCGGAAAGAUCUCACCAAAAGCGUGACUCACCUCGUCUCUCGCAGCACCGAGGGCGAGAAAUACAAAUUCGCCACCCAGUGGAACAUCAAAGUUGUGACUGUGAAAUGGUUUCACGAUUGUCUCGACCGCGGAAUGAUCCUGGAUGAAGACAAGUACCACCCAUCUCUGCCCUUGGAGCAGCAAGGCCUCGGGGCUUGGGAUCGAAGGAUACCUCUCAGUGCCAAGAUGCAGCUCGGUAAAGCAAGAGCGGCUGCGGAUGAUACCUCGUCGAAUCCGAGGCCGAAGAAAAAGAUCCGUCGUACUGCGAGCACCAAACUGGUCGGUGAAAACGAAAACAUCUGGGGCGAUAUAAUUGGGGUUGGUCUCGCCAACGAGGUGGCCGAAUCAAGGUCCAAGCUGUCAGACGUGACGAAGGAGGCAAAAUCGAAGCCUCUGAUACAAGCAGCCAAAUCGUUUGCAAGUGAAUCGACCUUCAGUGAACCUCUGGAGCCUCGGGGGCCGCCUGAGCAACCUAUUCAUGUCCCCAAAGGGUUUUUAGAUGGAUGCUUCUUUUACGUUCACGGAUUCACACCUAAGCAGAAAGACGUGCUACGACACCACCUCGAAUAUAACGCGGCUCAGUGCGUUGGCUCCUUAUCUGAAUUAGCAAGCCCCAGUAUCCCCAAGACAGGACAGGGGCUUUAUGUCAUGGUUCCAUAUAAGACCCCUAGGUCGGACAUCCCGCCCACAGACGAUAUGGCAUUUGAAUGCGAAAUUGUCACAGACAUGUGGCUAGAACGAUGUCUGGAUGCUCGAACUUUGGUGCCACCCGAAUCUCACGUUGCGAGUACUCCAUUUCCGAAAUUCCCCAUUCCCGGCUUUGCGGGGAUGCGGAUUUGCUCCACUGGAUUCACUCGCAUUGAUCUUCUCCAUCUCUCUAAGCUAGUUGAUUUAAUGGGGGCGCGCUAUGAUGAAUACCUUACGCCCAAGGCGUCCGUCCUCAUUUGUAAUGACCCUCAAACGGCGAGCUCUGACAAGCUUCGCCAUACCAGUGAAUGGGGAGUUCCAGCCGUGUCUGCUGACUGGUUCUGGAUUUCUGUGAAAGCGGGCCAGAAGAAAUCGUUCGAGCCGUACAUCGUUCGCAAGGGUGUCUCGCAACAUCCAAGCAGCGACGGCGGGCUGAAUGCAGACUCUGCGAGUGGCAAGCAGUUCCGUCAACUAUCUGCCAAAGCCAGUUCAAGAAUCCCCACGACGAAUCAGGAUGCGCCCGUCAAACAGCCAGUGGAAAAGUCACUGCACGAUGGCAAUAGUGCUUCCCGACUAAUGAUCCCUGGCGAUGGAUUCGUGGACGAGAAGUCAGCUGAACACCCGCAAGCGAGCGUAGCAGAAUCACGCUCUCCUUCGCCCGACAGGAGCAAGGCUACGACUCUCAGCGAGGACCCUCCAGAGCCACUCAAGGCAGCAGGACCCUCGGCACUGGACUCUGCGCUGAAGGGUCUUCUUCAACAAGCCCAAGCGGCCAAGACUCGACGUCAGUCUGAGAGUAUGACCACAGACGAAGGCUCCCAUCCGCUCCGUCGGAAACGCAAACCUCUUCUCGGCCGUGCGCCUUCACACUCGUCCCAUCGAGCCGCCGAGCUCAGCCACGCACCGUCGCGUGCUAGCUCUAUCGAUACUCUCAAUGACGACGGGCUCGGAUCGGUACUCGAGAGUGCCGGAAACACGCGAGAGAAUUCCUUCUCUCGCACUAAUAGUCGCCAUGAGCAGAGCCUAUCGUCAAUUUUCAGCGGCGCCAAAUUCGAUUUCCUGGCACACCCGGCCGGCGAAUCGGUCGCUCACGAAGAUGAAGAAAACCAGCAACCCCAGAUGACUCAGUUGGACUACGAAGACCCUGACGCCAAAGCGAUGAGGGCGGAGUUCCUGCGAAACGCAGGCAAGUUAGCAGACAAGGCGACCGACGCCGAUUCAGAGAUGCUGCUGGGUCAAGUUCGGGAAUUAGAGGAUGUUGGAUGGGGCCAUGGGCGUCGGACUCGAAAGCAACCGCCCAAAGAAGAUUACGAAUAA